GUGCUAAACGUAACGUUAGGCCACUACUGAGGUUGCGCUGUUGGAAGCCACAAUACUUUCUCAACAUUUCGCUAUGCUACGCCCCAAAGAACAGAAGGAAAACACACUAGCUGUUGUCCACAGUCUGCCGAGGCUGGUUCUGUCGGGAUAUCUAGCUCCCGCUCUCCAAGAAAUAAUAUGCUUUGUUUUUUAAGCGUAUUUCUUCUGGCAAUAAUUCCACUAAACGUAAAAGGCCGUCGCUGGAAGUAAACGACUCGUCGGAGAAGCUAUCUGUGUGUCCGGAGCAAGGACUAGCACACACAUACGACAAUAUUUAGGCCGCUUUAUUGUCGGUUUACUUUUCGGCUGGUCUCACAACGUAUUACGGUGUUAUGACAAAGACAGUCUGAGUCGAGUAAGGACCGUGGUUUCCUUGUCCGCUUGGCCGUGCGAGGGGCUCCAAUCUACGCAGAAGAAUGUUUCACCUUCUCCCGGCGUUAGCUCAACCGCGGAUCCAUGGCCAACAGUAACAACAUGCUCCUGGCCUCUGUCGUGGUGGUGUGGGAAUGGCUAAAUGAACACGGACGGUGGCGGCCCUACAGCCCCGCCGUCUCCCACCAGAUAGAGGCGGCCAUCCGGAGCAGUGACCCCCGCGGAGGGAGCGUUGUACUCGGCCAGGUGGACAGUCGGCUCUCGCCGUACAUCAUAGAUCUCCAGUCUAUGCACCAGUUCAGACAGGACACAGGAACCAUCCGUCCGGUGCGGAGGAGUUUUUAUGACCCAGCCUCAGCCCCAGGUCAGGGCUGGCAGUGGGAGUGGGAAAACGAUGCAGGUACGUGGACGGCCUACGACAUGGAGGUGGCCAUUGCCAUCGAGAACGCCCACAGUCGGCAGCAGCCCUGUCUCGACCUGACGCCACUUGGCUUCUGCUACCUCAUCGAUUUUCAGAACAUGACACAGGUGAACAGACAGAGCCAGAGGUGUCGGAGGCUACAGAGACGUGCUGACAUGGCCUACCCUCUAGUGUCCGGUCCUCUCCCAAUACCAAAGGGAAGCGGUGCAGGAGGAGGCAUAACAGGAGCCUUGCUGGGGGUUGGGGUGUCGGGGGCAAGCUCUUUCUACUCCAAUGGGAGCUUACCGGCUACUGGAUUGGGCCAACCUUGUUCCUGCCAGCAGUGCAUGCUGGUUCUUAGUGUAAAGACCAAUACAAUAGGAGCAGGGAUACAGACUCUAGGUAGACGCUCACUAACCAUGCAGCGGCCCAAGAAUUCAGCGGCCAUUAUCUCUAAACCUCUGAGUCCGUCUAAAUCAGCCACUCUGGGGCGAGGUCAGCAGCAGAACUCCAACUCCAACUACUAUCAGACGCUGCCGCAUGGUCUUGCCAUCUCCAAAAACACCGCCUCUCCAAGAAGGAACGCCCAGCUGUUUGCUCAGUCGCUGGCUGCACUCACCGCUGGAACCUCCACUCUGGGUAUCUCCUCGUCUUCCAACAGGCCGCCUCCGCCAUCCCUCCCGCCUCCUCAGCCUCCAUCAUCCAACCCUAACUUGAUCCCUCCAUCCAUUCUUGCCAAGCACUCCUCAUCUUCAGCCAACGAAUCAGUGCCAACCGCCACUUUAAUUACCCCUGCCAACAGCGUGACCACGCCCCCUUCUCCCGUGCCAUCUCCGUCGCCGAUGGUGAUGAAGCCGCAGCGCCCACCGACGUCCGCAGCAACAGUGUGCCAUGCCCCGUUGCCACAGAGAUCAAGCUUAGCCGGGCUGAGCCGACCAGCAUUACAGAGGAUUGCGAUGGCCCAGUCCAGAGCGCUCAUAGCGUCAGGUGUGCCCACCGUCCCAGUGAAGAACCUCAAUGGAUCCAGUCCUGUUCACCCUGCACUGGCAGGGAUCACAGGUAUCCUAAUGAGUGCUGCCGCUCUGCCGGUGUGUCUGACUAGACCUCCGAAACUGGUGCUACAUCCUCCGCCUGUCAGCAAGAGUGACAUCAAACCCGUGCCAGGCUUUGGCCACUGCUGCAGGAAGACCACCAAGAAACAGGCUCGCAAGGGUAAAACUCCAGAGGAGGUGGUAAAGAAGUACCUGCAGAAAGUAAAAAGUCCACCAGAGGAGGACUGUACCAUCUGUAUGGAGCCGCUGGGGGGUCCAUCUGGUUAUAAGGGUCCAGGAGUGGGGCCUGUGUCUCGGGCAGAGUCAAUCGGGCGACUAGCGCAGUGUGGACACCAGUACCAUUUCCAGUGUUUGGUGGCCAUGUAUAAUAAUGGCAACAAGGACGGCAGUCUUCAGUGUCCCACCUGUAAAACCAUCUACGGCGUAAAGACAGGUAACCAGCCGGCAGGGAAGAUGGAGUACCACGUGAUCCCUCACUCUCUACCAGGACAUCCUGACUGCAAAACCAUACGCAUUAUCUACAAUAUACCACCAGGCCUUCAGGGACCAGAGCAUCCGAACCCAGGGAAGCCAUUCACUGCCAGAGGCUUUCCCCGACACUGCUACCUCCCAGACAGCGAGAGAGGACGCAAGGUACUGAGACUGCUCCUGGUAGCCUGGGACCGCAGGUUGAUCUUCUCAGUUGGGACUUCCAGCACUACUGGAGAGUCCGACACCGUUAUCUGGAACGAGGUCCACCAUAAGACAGAGUUUGGCUCAAACCUGACAGGCCAUGGCUUCCCCGACCCCGGACACCUCGACAACGUCCUGGAAGAGCUCCGAGCUCAGGGCAUCACAGAGGAUGACGGACUGAUGGAAAAGUGAUAGGACAAGUGACCGGGACAGCGAAGAAGAGUGGAAGGAGAACAGAGAGCAGAGAAGGAGAACAUUGAAAGAGGAGGUCCGGGGCCGAGACACACUCUCUCUGCCAGCACUUAAAAGGGGUGCAGGGGGACUUUUGGGGUUACAGAAGACACUGAUUUUGUUUUGUAGAGGGAACCACUUUUCAAGAUGUUGAUUGAGUCAAUGCUGGGUUUGCCUGUCAAUACAAGUUAGCCCAAACUUCACCAUUUUCAAGCAAGCACAUCAAUAGCAGUGGGAAAGACUUUGAGAAAGCUGCAGCACAGAAAGAAAAGCAACUCAGAAAGAGGAGGAAGCUGAGAAACAAGCAGAAAGAAUGAUGGCCCUCAUGGUUUUAGCUUUUAGACAGCUAGGUACUAAAUGUCAACUAGUGAGAAUGAUGUGGUACUAAUAUUUAGGACAAACAAGUUCACUUUACUGAGGGAGAGUAACCAGGAACAGAAAGUAAAUUUUAGAGCAGUUCAAUGAAAACUGGGAGAGAAGGGACAAAGAGAGAAAGAAGUUGGAGCAGUGGGGGAGGGGACAGAAGGAGGGAAUGCAGGAAUAAUGUAGCAGAAAGAGACAACGAUGGUGUACGGAUGUAGCGUAGGAUAGGAGUAAAGUAAAAUUAACUUGUAUGGUACUUAACAGGUACAUUGGCUAUUAUUUAAAACACAAGGAAACCAAGAGUGAUGAAGGGAAAGUGUGACGACUGUUUGCUUUGUUCAAACCACCUGCUUGUUUGUGGUUGGAGUUUAGUGCUGUUGCUCCCUCUUGUGGUGUGCUAACCUAACCCUGAGGUGUAGCCUCGACCUGCAAGCUACUGGAACAAUGUUGCUAUGAGUUAUCCACCUGUGUUACUUUUGAUCAUUGUUGCUAUAAUCCUCAUUUAACGUCAUUCCAUACUUUACCUCCUUCUUUUGACUUGAUGGGUGUCUAUAUGAUCUCACCUCUGUAUGUUAAUGAUUGUGUGUGUGUAAUGACAAAAGACCAAACUAAGGCCUAGUCAUUUGGGCCUAUUUGGAGUCUUACUAUUGAGCCAAGUUAACCUUAGAUACACAGGUACUAGUAUUUACUGAUAUAUCUUUUUUGUCCAUUUUUGACAGCUUUGACCCAUGGUUUACGGGGAUGUAAAUGCUGUUGUAUCCUGUUACAGUGUGGCACCAGUGAGAGUAUGAGUGGUAUGAGGGUAUGAGGGUUGGGGAGGAUGGAGAGGACAAGAGUUACCCUGACAUGCCUGGUCAAACACAUAGUACUACUGAGGAGAAAAACCCUCAAUAUUCAAAUGAAUUCAAGUUGACAACUUGUCAAGGACACUGAGAUUGGUAUUGUUAGUGUGAUGUUAGUAACUAGUACCCACAGUAAACAUUAUCCAACACACUAAACAGGCAUGUAAUUACAUGUAUGUUUAAUCAAAGAUAUUUACAGUAAUAAAGGCUAUUUCCUCAUUUUGACUUGAGAAGGUGAAUUACAAGUCCCAAAAACUAGUUUUAGACCAACUACAGGAAACAUAUCACAACAGGACUUGCUCCUGAUUGGCUGACAUCACUUAGAAAAUAGCUGAAAUCUGUCCAAUGAGGCCAGUUUGCUGCAUCUGAACAGGAAGGCUGGGUUAACCUCAUUAAAGUCAAAUGAGCUGCUAUGUAGGCCAAUCAGCAAUAUGAGUUCUUUCUGUAAGGAUGUCACAAUUCAUGCGAGAAUUUGAAUGAAUAAUGAUAAUAAUCAUGAAUAAUAAUGAAUAAUUAUUAUUGUAGCUGUUUUGCAGCUUUAUUAGACAAAAUAUCAUAAAGAGCAUUAUUUUGCACUUGCACCAUAGGAGCAGUGUGUUCGGAAAAAGCCAACUUGUAAAGGAUACACAAUAUGGGCCCUUUAAUUGGUGACUUGUUGGUAUCAGCAGUGUGAUUCUUCUCUCAACAACAUUAAAAAAAACUCUCCUCUAACUUACCUCUACCUCUUCACACUGCCCAGUCUUUGAGUUGGGUCUGUAAAUGACCCCUUAUCACAAAGUGUGUGGGUGGGUGUGCAUGUGUGUCUCUGUCUGUCUGUGUGUGUUUGAGAAAGAGAAUUUAUACACUAUAUGGUAUACUACCAACAUGCUCCAAGUUUACGAUAUUGUUUUGGUACUCCAUGGGAAUCACAUCAUCACAUCAUCUUUUAACUCUGAUGAUGAUGGAUGAUGGUACUCCCUUCUUUAUUAUGUUAUUUUAUUAUGAAAUGUAGUUACACCUUUGUUUUUUAAUAGCAUUUCUUUUCACACUAUUAGAGUAAACUGCCUUUUCAUUCAGUAUGUUUAUGUUGUAUUAAUUAUGCCUGUUUUCAUUUGUUACAAUUGGUUUACAAAGGCAGUAUUGUUAAAUACAUUGUCUUUUUUUCAAUGUGUAAAGAAGUUAAGCUGAUUCGUGUCAUCUUUUCUUUGGAAAAGGAAUUUGAUGGUAGACUUUUAUUUGAGUGUGAAAUGUAAUAAUUUCAAUAGCAAGU